CAUUGUUUGCAUUAAUGUUGAAGGUUUGUUGAUAUUUUUGCUCUUUUACAGGUUGAUAAUCCUUGUCUUUCUUGUUUCGGUCUUGUGAAAAAUCACAGAAAUGCUAGAUGCUACACUGACAUCGCUUACACGUCUCCAGAAUGCGUAAGAGGAAUGGACGUCCCUCGUAAAAAUAAGAUAUUCACGUUUGGCCUUCUGCUACGAAAUCUACUGAGUGGAAACCAAAUUUCGAAAAAACAGGAAAUAGAAGUUCGUUUCGGUAAAAAAUUCCCUAUCAUUCUCGAUUCUCGUUUGAAUGGUGAAUAUUCCGCUGAAGAAGCAACUGCGUUGGUGGGCUUUGCUGAACAAUGGAUGCAAUAUAACCCUGAUAAUGAUCGAUUCACUAUAAAUGAUGUUAUUGCAGCCCUUGCAAAAAUUCAAAGCAAUGCUGCGAGACCAUCGAAUGGAAUGCCAGGGGCUGAGGGGCAAGAUAAUGUUGGAGUGAUUGAAGCCUGAAAGUUGAUGAAGCUGCUGAAGUUCAGAUGUUGGAGUUCAAGAGUUGCUGAAAUCAGAAGCUGGAAAUGCUGCGGGUGUUCAAGAGCUUAGGCUUUACUGUUUUGCUGAAGAAGCUCUUUUGUUAAUGUUUUAAAGUUAAAGAUGGAUGGCUAAGAUUACAUCAUCUCAGGAUGUAGUUAAGUUCUAAGCUAUCUAAGUCAAUUGGGUUUAGUCAGCUUGUAUUAACUUAAGUUAUCUUUCUGAGUUGUGCUAGGUGUGGUCUACUAUAUAUAUUUGAAUGCUUUUGUGACUGUUAGAGUAAUGAGAAUGUGAAUUCAGUGGGUAAAAUUUGUGCUUUUA